AUGGAGGAUUUAGAAGUACCUAAGCAUGAUGGAACUGCUACUGGAAAUGGUAGAGCUAAAAUUUCUAGGCGAGAUGUGAAGCUAAAAAAAAUAGGUGAGGGAAUUUCCGGCUGUAUCGACCUUUAUCAGUCAAGACUGACGCUGGAUACAUAUGUAGUGAAAACGUACCAUUGUCGAGAGAAAUAUGAGACCAAGACUGAAUACCAGAAGCGAGUGCUACACGAGUACAAUAUACUUCGAGGAUUACACAAUGUGCAUGUUAUUGAGGUGUAUAAGGAUGAGGUAUCGUGGUUUGGGUCAACCGUAAGAGUGUACAUGGAAGCAGGAGCCGCUGACUUGAGCAAGAUACUCAAAGGCAAGAAAUCAGAAGCGAGGAACAAGAAGGAAAUGCUAUGCUUAUGGAAACAGUUAUGCUACGGAAUCGAUUAUUUGCACAAUACUGCUAAGAUAUGCCAUCGUGACUUGAAGCUCGAUAACCUAGUGUUUGACUCGCACACUGGAAUGUUGAAGAUUAUUGAUCUAGCUACUGCAUUCGAAUUUUCAAGGAACCCGGAUACAGGAGUCUAUGGCGACCAAGAAUAUGAGGCCAUUGGCCUUGUGGGGUCUGAUAGUUACAUAGCUCCCGAAACCGUUGCACGGUUUCGCUACGACGGAAAAAAGGCCGAUAUAUGGUCGGUGGGGAUCAUUCUAUUUAACAUGCUCAACGCGAAAUUCCCAUGGAAGUCUGCAAGGUUAUCUGACCGCAAGUAUGUGGCCUAUUGUAACCGCGAUGGCAACAAAGAUUCAAGCGAACUGGGGUUUGCAACUAUUUCUGACUGCCUACCACCAGAAUCGCAUGAUUUGGUGACCAAGCUACUUGAGGUUGAUUCGCUGAAGCGCGCAGGUAUCAGUGACUGUUUCAAGGAUGUUUGGUUCAAUAAUAUAGGAGUUUGUGACGAUUCAACCUGUGGCCUUGACCAUAGUACGCUAGUUAAGGGUGUUUAG